CCUUUCUUUCAGGUCAGCUGUCACGCGUUGAAGGUUCCGUGAACUGUUUGACAAAAGGUCGCGGACUUUGCAGCUCAAGUCGUUGAGUAGAAGGAGCUCUCCUGUUACACUGCUGGGAUAUGUUAGUGUUUUGGUUCGUAUCUCUUCUGCUGAUUUCUUAUCUUCCUGGGAUGGUCAUCACGCGCAUGCCGUCCUACACCACGCGCCUCUUGUGUGUCUAGUCCUCGGUGUGGAGCUUUGAAAGGCCUUUGCAGGGUCUUGGGUAUGAACGAGGAAGCGUUGUGAGGACGUUCGCUCGUGUGGUGCUGUAGGACAUUCUUGCGCGUUGUCUCUUGUUGUUGCCAAUUAGCUCCCCUCGUCCUGUCGAAGUAUAAGUUUUUUGUGGUGAUGCUGGAGUGUAGUGGAGCUUGAGGUUGGAUUGUUGGAGUUGUUUGCGCAAUUUGUCGGCGUGGUGAAGGUCUUUUCGGGAGGGUGGUCAGUGCCAGGGUUUGGGAGGUUUGGAGGGCGAUUGUAUAUUUUUUUCCUGCGGAACAGGCUGAGGACGUAGAUUUUAGCAGUGUUUUUCUAAGACCGGGACAAGAUGUGUCCUCUUCGUGUGAUUUUGCUCUUCCUCUCUGCUAUUCUGGCUGGUUACUUUGCUUUUAAGACUGUGCGAGAGCAAGGAAAUUCCAGCAUUCUAAGCGUCGAUGAGGACGAGCCGGAGCAGGCGAUGGAACAGACUAGCAUAGCCACCAAGGUGACGACAGGAAUAUCAUCUAGCUUUUGGGUUGUGAUCGACAUGCUUAGCGGUCGCUACUUGUAUCAGAACCUCAAGGGGCAAACACAAGCGAAAGGUGAAGAGUUGGCGAGCUGAUAAUAAAAUUGUGGGGUUGUUCUACUAGGAACUGGAUUUCCAAGAAUUUUCUUUUCAGUCAGCAGGCUUAAUUAAGGCCUUCCUGGCCCCGAACACUUUCGUUUUGUGCAUAUACCCUACAUUUCACCGGCAUUGAACUUUUGAAUCCCAGAAGAUCUGAACACCUUCAUCGACAAAUAUCUCACGAAUAGGGCUUAGAUAAAGCCUGAUGCUUGCUUAAUGUGAACCUGUCGAUCCAAUGUAGCUCUUACAGGAGCUAAAUUUCAACUGCCGCUCAGUCUCUGAAGGGCUCAAAGUAAUUUUGACCCCUGGUGAUCAUUAUUUGUAAAUAUCGCAUUUGUCGAAAUAAAGAGACCUUUUCGUCA